UACUUUUAGUUGACGCUCAUGGAAAGCCCGCCCACUCCAGUGUUGUAGCUUGUAUUUAGCAGAAAUGGCGCUGCCUCUGAAUAUAAGCGAACUUCUACAGUCAGACAUAAUUGAGGACUCUCUUUACAAAGAUGAAGGCGUGUGUGUAUUGGGGAUAUUUGGUAAGAGUGCUGUGCAAACCGGAUGUUCCAAGGAGUCUCUUAUAAACAUAUUGUCAGACAAACACGUCUUUUCCCUGUUUGGGACCGAUGAGACGGACAGUCGGGAUGAACGCAGCUCUAUCAAAGCUUAUUAUAACCAGGAAAACCGUGUGUUGUAUUUGGUACUAACGUCCAUUUUCGACAACCGACAGCUUUUGCGUGCGUGUGAUUCUCUAACUUCGGGUCUGGGUCACGCCGAAGCGCACGAAUUUUGGAAAGGAGCUGAGAAAGAUCACUGCAUCCAGCUGCUCUAUCUUUUCUCAUUGUGCCACAUUCUGCUGCUAGUUAAUCCUACCUGCGCCUUUGAUGUCACUUAUGACAGGUUGUUCCGUGCCUUGGACGCCCUGCGCCAGAAAACGCUACCUUUCCUCCGUGGUGCCAUAAAGGAUUGCCAUGUGUCCAAAGAAUGGAAGAUGAAUUGCAGACCCUGUCCUCCUCGUCUGCUGUUUGUGUUUCAGAUGAAUGGGGCACUGAGGACCAGUGCAUCUGGACUUGGUAGUGGCAAUGAGGGCACAGGAGUAGACAAGCCCAAGAAACACUCCCCAAGAAGACGCCUACAACAUGCAUUAGAAGAUCAGAUCUACAGAAUAUUCCGUAAGAGCAGAGUCCUCACCAAUCAGAGCAGCAACUGCCUCUUCACUGUACCUGCGAAUCAGGCUUUUGUCUAUGUUGUUCCAGGACCGGAAGAAGAUCCGAUCGGUUCUUUGCUUGGGCAGUUGCGAACAAACUGUGCACUGCGUGAGUGUGACCCUGGCACGCCUGCCCGGCGAUACCAACAGAUGCGGCACUCUAACAGGCAUCCCUUAUUUAAUUUGGAGAAUAGUGGUCUUUCUUCAUUGACCGGUCAGAUAGUCGACUGUAAUCUGAAGGAGUUUCUUUGGCAGCAUGUAGAACUUGUUCUGAACAAGAAAGGAUUUGACGACAGCGUGGGCCGAAACCCGCAGCCAUCCCAUUUCGAGUUACCCACCUACUUCAAAUGGACUCGUGUAGCCUCCAGGCUGUACCAAGUCAUGAUAGAGAAUAAUGAAGAAGAGACAGCAGAACUUUUCCUUAAAGUGCAGGGUCAGCUCAAGGUUCUUGAAGGCUUCCUGGAUGCAGAUGCAAAAUUCUCAGAAAACAGGUGUCAGAAAGCAUUGCCGCUGGCUCACAGUGCAUAUCAAUCCAACCUGCCACACAACUACACUACCACAGUGCAUAAGAACCAACUAACUCAGGCACUGCGGGUUUAUAGUCAACAUGCCAGAGGAGUAGCCUUCCAGCGCUAUGCCUUACAACUUCAUGAGGAUUGCUACAAGUUCUGGAGUAAUGGACACCAGCUUUGUGAGGAGCGCAGUCUCACUGAUCAGCACUGUGUGCACAAGUUUCACCUGCUGCCCAAGCCAGGAGAGAAGCCUGAAGUGGAUCACAACCCUCCUAUUCUCUAUCACAACAGCAGAGGACGCUCAACAAGUUCCUGUAAUUGUGGCAGGAAGCAAGCCCCUCGAGAAGACCCGUUUGACAUCCAGACUGCCAACUACGACUUCUAUUUAAUGCUUGAAGAGAAGUGCUGUAGUAAAUUGGAGAGGAUAAACUUUCCCGUGUUCCAGGCCAGCACUUCAGACCCAGCACCUGCCUGUGAUGAUGCAUCAAGACCUCCAGAAGUGCCAGCACCUGAUGUUGAACGUCUCAAAGAAAAAGAGAGCCUGACACAUACGCCUGGAGAUAGCACAAGUCUAAGUCUUGCUCUCAGUCUUGGCCAAUCUACUGACAGCCUGGGUGCUUAUGCUGAUGGAGUUGAGGGCCAUGAGAAGAGGCCAAGUGUUGACAGACAGGCAUCCACUGUGGAGUAUCUACCUGGCAUGCUCCACUCUGGAUGUCCUAAAGGGCUUCUUCCUAAGUUCUCCAGCUGGUCUUUGGUCAAGCUUGGGCCUGCUAAGUCUUAUAACACCCUUGUAGGUUUAGAGCAGCCUGGCUUCCUACCUGGCUCAGCAUUUCUCCUCCCAUGGGACUUGGUGAUUCGAAGCCGCUCAGAGGAUGAUGCUAUCUCCACAGAGCUUGAUGGUGGAGCCUCAUCAUGGCCAGCUCCCAAUAAAGUGCCUGCUGGGAAAAGGGGUACUGUUGGAAUCGGACGCAGCAGAAGGCGUGACGAUGUAUUGCGUGUGUAUGUGGGUUUUGAAUAUGAGGACAGCAGGGGCCGUCGUUUCCUCAGCUCGGGUCCAGAUAAAGUAGUAAAGGUACUCGGACAAGGAGGGCCCAAAGAGCCGGCCACUCGAGCCUUGAACUCGGACAUGCCCCUGUACAUUACUUCUCCUGCCCAGGGUAGAGGAAUCAAACCGCACUAUGCUCAGAUGGCUCGACUCUUUGUUGUGGUUCCUGAUGGACCAAUUGAGAUGAUACUUAGCCCACAGGUUCAACCUGGGCCCCCACCAUGUCCAAUUUUCCAUCCAGAGAAACCAGAGGUUGUGCUGCCCCCUGAUGGAUUGUGGGUGCUACGAUUUCCUUAUGCCUACGUGACAGACAGUGGACCCUGCUAUCCUCCGAAAGAGAAUCAACCACUGGCCAGCUUCCGAGUCUUGAAGGGCAUUUUACGUGCCAAUACCGCAUGUUCUCCAGCACAGUGAUAUACAGUGCUUAAAUAUUUUGAGAGAUUGUUUUCCUAGAGAACCAGAAGAUCUUGGAAAGCAUGCGCAGUUGAGAAUUGAUCAUAAAUAGCAGUGUUUAUGUAAUGCCAGCUGUUGUGAAUAAAAAUGAAAGUUAUGUUGUAA